AUCUCAGUUUACACCCCGUCGCUUGGAAAGAAGCCUACCUGCGGCCAAGCUUGAGCGUCGUCCUUGACUCGUGAGAGGCAUGUUCUGAAUUGUUCCGGGCCCGCCAAGACCGAGCGUGGCGGCGUGUUGUACGAGAUGGCCCGUUCCAGAGCGAAUGGAUCCCACUACGCCUUGACAGCCAUUGGGUUGGGAAUGCUGGUUCUUGGGAUUAUUAUGGUGGUCUGGAACUCUGUCCCAGGGUUUGGAUUGAGCGGGAAGCCCCAUUCCGUUGGACACAACAACAAGACUGAGCCGGGUGCGGGAACGGUGCACAAGAGCAAGACUUUUUCAGUGGCUUAUGUGCUGGUUGGCGCUGGUGUGCUGCUCUUGCUGUUCUCCGUUUGCCUGAGCAUCCGGGACAGGAGGAAGCAACGAGAUCAUGAGGACAUCACCAGGAUCCAGCAGCAAGCGUCCGUGGAGCAUCCGCAGCGAGAGGACAGUCAAGAAGAAGACGAGGAGUCCCUCUCGCGCUAUUAUGUGCCCAGUUACGAAGAGGUGGUGAACGCAGGCCACCCUGAGCUGCGCCACGUGGACCCGGAUGCCCCAAUGAGCAUGUCACUCCCUUCCUACGAAUCGCUCACCGGGCUGGACGAAACCACCCCGACGCGUCCUGCGGCUCCUCCUGCCACCGAAGGGACAGCCCGCGUGGAACGCCAGCCGAGCAGGCACAGUUCCCGCCUGAGCAAAAGACUCAGGCCCUUGAAAAUCCGAAGAAUCAAGUCCGAGAAGCUGCACCUUAAAAAUCUCCAGCUGAACCUCCCUGGCAGGGACAGCUCAGGGCGCAUCACGAUCGAACCUCUGACGCCGCCUCCACAGUAUGAUGAGGUUCCCAAUAAACCCCCAGAGAUCCGGGAUGAACCUUGAGGCCAUUCCCAAGAGCUGUGGAGAGAAAAACACUCUUAACGACUCUUUUUAAGUUUCUGGGGUGCCGUCUGCUUGCAGACUUCAACAAGGGCUAGCAGGGCGCAAUGCGCACAUUUUUGGGAGUGUUUUCCCAGAAGGGUCCAAGGUGUGGAUGGUGAAAGAGGUGCGUCGGUCUGCACCUGAACCUCUUGAGCCUUACACUGAAUGCGUCUACAUUUUUUUUUGUUGUUGGAAAAAAAUGGGAACUUUGCACAUUUAAAAAAAUCAGCGUGUGAGAUGCCUUUUUGAGAUGCUGGGUUUUCUACAUGAAGGAUUCUUUUCCUUUCCUUCUUAUGGGUCGCUGACUGAAUUAAAUCAGGCACAGAUUUCUCGCCUUCCUUAAAAAAAAAAACCAGUGGAUCCUGCCUCGUUUUGUAAUGAAAUGGAGAUAAAACACUAGGAAUGUACUGGAUGGAUUCUUAAAGCUCUGCAUCCUUUGUUUAUAUACAUAUAUAUUUUUAUAAUUUAUUACACAUUUUUAUGCCUCUUUGCAAUCCCCCUCCUUCAAACGAGCACUGUAGAAAAUUAUGUUUGUCAUCCAAAUUAUGUUUGUCAUCCAAAUGAUAUUUCUUGUGGUUUCUGUUUCGUGGGAAUAUUGAAGAGCCCCUGUUUGUUUCACAGGGUGUGACUUCUUCACAAAGGGGAAAACACACAUGUGCCUUAAGCACCGAUUUGUAACGGAGAAACAAAACAUACAGGAGCCGAGGGAGAACUACAUUUAAAAUCCCUUGGAAACACUUGUCCGUCUUUGGUGUGGUUGAAGCUAUCUCUUCUGAUUCAAAAGAAAUUCACUGUGGGGGAGGGCGGGAGACUCUAAAUGGAGGGAAAAGUCUGUUUCCUAACAUGUAGGGUUUUAAAAAAAAUUUUGCAGCUACUGUAAUAACAAACAUGAAUCCUUUUCAAGAAUAUGUGACAUUUUAAAGUCAUGGGCGAAAACUUUUUUUAAAAAAUGAAAUAAAUGUGUGGCAUGUG